AUGGCAUCAAAAAUCUUGGUCCUGGGCAGUGUCAAUUGCGCCUUCCAACAAGUAUUCACCAAGGUCGCCAAACUUCAAAUCAAGCAGAACUUUGCUUUUGCCAUUGUGGUUGGCGAUCUAUUUGGUGAAGGCACGAGUGAGGAGGAGCUGAACCAAAUCUCAGCCCUACUUGCGGGCAACAUUACCAUUCCUCUACCCACAUAUUUUAGUGUGGGUAAACAUCCGAUCCCGACCAGGGUUGUUGAGAAAAUACAGGCAGACGAUGAAGUGUGUCCUAACCUGUAUUUCAUCGGAAGGAGAGGCACCUUAAAGACGUCGGAAAGCAUUCGAAUUGCUACUCUUGGAGGUGAGGUCGUUACAGACGGCCAGUCAGACCCAAACAUCAACAAGAGAUUCUACUCCCUCUACACAGAAUCUGACGCCCGUUCGCUUUACGGCGUCCAUGAUACUGACAUCCUGAUUACAUAUGAGUGGCCUAAAGGCAUCACAGGACGGUCUCAGGUUCCUAUACCAGAUGGCAAAGUCGCGCCAGAAGGUGUUCAAUGUGUGGCUGAUGUUUGCUCAACGUUAAAACCGCGAUAUCAUUUCUCCUCCAAAGCCGACUUUUUCUAUGAACGAGAACCAUUCUUUCACGUGCCAACAGAAGAUAAUCCGGAUGUGAAGUCAUUGACUCGUUUUAUCAAUAUCGCUCCGUAUGGAAAUACCGGAGGGCAGAAAUGGAUGUAUGCAUUUACAUAUGAUCCGAAAGCCCCAAUACCCGACACUGUUCCCACUGGAACCACAGUAUCUCCUCUUACCACUGUUGCGAGAAAGAGACCUGCUUUAGAAAGCCAAAAUGAGGGCUUCCAACGCUUUUCAAGGGGCGGUAAUGAGAGACCCCAGAAACGCGCGCGACGACCUCCGCCGGGUCCUGGAGAGUGUUUCUUUUGUCUUUCCAAUCCCAACAUUGCUACACACAUUAUUGCUUCAAUUGGGAAUGACGCUUAUUUGACCACAGCAAAAGGUCCACUUACAAAGUCGGAUACGUACCCUCUUUUAGGCUUCCCUGGACACAUGUUGAUUAUUCCUCUAAUACACUCUCCUACUUUCUCAGCAAUAGCGGAUCCUGAGGCUCGGAAAAGCACGUACGCGGAGAUGCAGCAGUAUCGUACUGCAUUGAACGAUAUGGUACGUGAAAAAAGCAAAAGCAGUCUGGGAUCAGUCACUUGGGAGGUCAGUCGGGGGAAUGGCAUCCACGUACACUGGCAAUACCUCCCUGUUGCUUCAGACCUGAUAGCGAAGGGCUUGGUAGAAGCGGCAUUCAAAGUCGAAGCGGAGAACUUGCAAUACCCGAAAUUUACGUCCUCUACAAAUGAUGAUGGCGCAAACGAAGUUGGUGAUUACUUUCGAGUCUGGAUAUCACAGCCCGCAGCCGACGAUGGAGACUCGAAGGAACAAGCGGAGUCGGCGAAGAGCAGCUCAGAAAAGCCUCUGCUUCUGCCACUGACUCCGGACUUCAGAUUCGAUUUGCAAUAUGGGCGUCGGGUGAUGGCGAAACUGUUGCGACUCGAGAAUAGAAUGGAUUGGAGGGGGUGUGGGCAAUCGAUAGAGGAUGAGGUUGCAGAUGUCGAGUCUUUCAAGGACGCUUUCAAGAAGUAUGAUUUCUCUCUGGAAGAAGAAUAG